CUGCUGCAACAGCUGUUCCGCGCUUAUAUGAAGAUUACGCCGAUCUAGCUUACAAAAUUUUAUGUAUUUUUAAGUUAAAAGCAACGUAAAACCAUGUCGUUCCUUGCGCACACUAUGCGGCAAGUGCUGCGCCAAGCCCCGACACGAACAUCCACGCUGACGGGCGCCAUGCGCUGCUUAAGUCUUGCACCGGCUUUGUGGCAACAAAACAAACCUGCUGCCGCCGCAGUCGCUCCGAUUGAAGUCGCAGCUGUCGCCAAGGAUCAGCAGAAGGAAUGCCUCAGCAUCUGCGAGAGGGUCAAUCAGCAGGUGGCCAAACAGGAGCAGGGUCGUCUCUUUGCCGUGGUACAUUUGUGCGGCAAACAGUUCAAGAUUACCGCCGGCGACAUCAUCCUCGUCGAGGGCUACUGGCCGCCCACGACAGGCGACGAGAUCAGCCUGGACAAGGUGCUGCUGGCCGGGGCUCGCGAUUUCACACUUAUUGGACGCCCCAUCCUGGAGCCCGGUCUGGUGACGGUGAAGGCCACCGUUGUCGAAAAGACCCUCACCCACACGAAGACACACUUCAAGAAGAAGCGCAGGAAACAGUACAUGAGAAUCAACUUCCAGCGUUCGCCCAACACCAUGAUACGGAUCAACACCAUUGAGGUGACACGCCCCGUGGAUGGCAACGCCGAGGCGGAGCAGGAGCCCUCGAAGCGUUUGUUUUAGUCUAAAUGCAGUUUAUUACGGAAAUUAUAUCCAUUUAUUAUGCUAAG